UCUUCACAAAAUUUUUGAAAUAGAUUUUAUUGAAGAUUAUGUUUGUAGUCUCCUGCUGUUAUGCCACUUGUUGUGUUGCAUCACGGUUAUGUUUAUCUUAUAACAGUUUGACUAGUGCUCCCAAUUUAUUUUCGACAAAAAAACGCUGUCGUUUCCCAAAAAGUCACAACCUUUGUAGGCUUCAACUGUUCCGUAUUUGCAAAGCGUGCAAGGAUCCCGAGAAGGAGCCCAGUGAUUCGGAGAAUUGGCCUAAACCAUUUGCAGUAUUGCGUUUAUUUUAUGAAGAAACUAAGAGAGAAGUACGACGGUUUUUCUUGGGAGAUAUAUUUCCAGUUUUUGCUUCGGACGUUCCAAAGUUGAAAGAAGCGUGCAGUAUGGAUACUUUCUUUCCAAUAGAAAGCGCUGUUCAACUUGAUCAGAUAGAAUUCUUUGGUAAUUUGCGAUGCAAUCCUUCAGUCGCUUUGGAGAAAAUACAAAAGAGACUCGAGGCAACUUUUGGAGACAAGUAUGUGGCCAGUCUUCACUCUGAUGGUUCUGCAAAUACCAAACCUUCUCUUGUUAUUACUGUUUCUUUGGCUGAGAAGCAACCUCAAAAUCGUUUUAGGAUUGUUCUCUCAGUCUUAUGUACUAUAUCUUGUAUUUUGAAUUGCAUUGAUAGAAGCGUCUUGUACUGUUAUCAUUAUCAGUGGGAGAGUAAGAAUAUAUUUAUGAGAUAUUGUAUUCACUGGCAGGUUUUCGGUUUACUGUUAUUGCACCUUACUUGGGUUGGAGUUCAAAGUAGGGUGGCAAAACAUUAUAAUACAAGGAUGGAGUUUCCUUUUCCUAUUCCUUCGCAUAGAUUUGGUUUGUGGGGAACGAUUUCUCAUAUGUUAUCUUCUGCUCCCAAUAGAACGGCACUAUUCGAUAUAGCAUCUAUAGGAAUUGGUAUUGUCUUAUUGCUGUCUCUUAUUGUUUUCCUUGUUGGUUUGCACUUAACACGUGUGUGUCCUCAGUAUUCAACCUACUUUCCAACGAAUAUUUUGUUUUCAUCACUUUUCACUGGAGUAUUAUCACGCUUGUUUAAACAGCAAGACUUGAUUGCGAGUGGAUCAGGCUAUAGACUUGUUAAAAUACAUCCUUUGGCAGUUCUUGGGACAAAUGCUUUACUUAUUAUUGGAUGUCACCUUUUACCUCUUAGAAAUCUGGAUGGGUAUCGCAUCGUUGCUUCGCUUUAUGGAAGAUAUGUUGCAGAUAUUGCAUCAAGAAUUACUAUUCUUACUGUUCUCUUAAGGCUGUUUGGUAGUCCUCCUCUCAUUGUCUUCGUUCUAAUGAUAUGGCUGGGACCUUGGAAGACAGACAAGUAUGCCCGCAAUGAAUAUACUAAUUUGAUAUGUAACUUAGUCAAUGAUGUUGCUGAUGUUGGCGCUUAUUCUUCCGUAUCCACAAAAUAUUUGGCCGUUGGACCAACUUGGAGUUUAUUUGCAGUCCAUGCGAUCCAAAUGAAAAUUUGUUGUAGACUUUUAUGCUGGAUAGAGUUGUCAUCUAGUUGGCAAGGAAGAAGGCUUGAGUCACGUAAAGAUUGCUACUUGGCUUUACAAAAGAAUACUCCUGGUUCUCGAAGACUUUCUCACUUUCGACUGAGGAAACAGAGGCUUCCGGUUACUUGUCUAAACUUGCAUAACAGCAGUUGCUCUGAAAAGCUUUCAAAUAUGCCUCCCACAGUAGCCAGUUUGAGAGAAGAAUAUUCAUCUACUGGACUUGACGAAUCGACGCUAACAGAAGACCCAUUCACUUUAUUUAGGCAAUGGUUGGAAGAGGCAGUGGCUGCACAAGUAAGAGAACCUAAUGCCAUGUGUUUGGCAACAGUGGAUCAAUCUGGUAGGCCUAGUAAUAGAUAUGUACUAUUGAAGGGUUUCGACAAUAGAGGUUUCGUAUGGUAUACAAACUACACCAGUCGAAAAGCGCAACAUCUCGAAAGUAAUCCUUUUGCAGCGUUAACCUUUUGGUGGGGAGACUUGGAGAGAUCUGUUCGAGUGGAAGGAAAAGUAUUCAAGGUUUCUUCUUCUGAGUCAGACAGCUACUUUGUAAGUCGGCCUGUAAAGAGUAGACUCGCUGCCAUAGUUUCCGAACAAAGUAAACCAGUAUCAAGUAGAUCCGAGUUGGAAAAGAAAUUUCAAGAUUUGGCUUUAUACUAUGGUUUGCAAACAGAUGGAACUUGUUCGGAAUCGAUACCGAGGCCUGAGACUUGGGGUGGUUACAGACUUGUUCCUGACUCCAUCGAAUUUUGGAAAGGUAUGAGAGAUAGGCUACACGAUCGUAUCAAGUAUGUUCGAGAAGUAGAUUGGUCCUCAGAUAAUGAACUGAAGAACAGUUUAUGGCAACGCUACCGACUGCAGCCUUGAGAACUUGUGGUGAUGUUUUGUGUUUUCUUAGGGGAAUAUGUUGUUGUAGUGAAUAGUUUUGGUCCUCAGUAAUGAAUGUUCAUACAGGAAGCUCUAGUUUUUGAGAAGUCAUUAAAUAGCAAAUAUUUGUGAAAUGUUUUGUUAAAAUCUUUUCAAUGAAUGAUAGCAACGAUUUCUUUCAUUGCAACGCACAAUACGACUUUGUCUAUUAGUUUAGAAUACUCAUGGACAGUCGUCAUUUUGAGACAUAAAACGUACGUCUCUUUUCUACCAAUGCGCUCCAGUGGGAACCGAUUGGUUUUGGUUUUCGAAAACAGUCUCUGCAUAUUUUAAUACAACAGCCCUGAAGACGUGUCUCUUGUCUUGGAACAAGUGUUUCAUUCGCGAAAUGCCAGGAUUUCCGAGCCCAGGAUCCAACAUACGUCAGGAAGAUGCCUUUCGGUAGAACACUGUCAAUACUUUCUGAAGACUUUGGUGAAACUGGCGUUGCACUCAGUCAAAAUGAAACCAUACCUUAAGUGAUCGACUCCAAAUGAAUCCUAGAAUAUCACUUUUUCAUUUACCAAACCAUAAAGCCCUGUUAAUUGGG